GUCGCCCUCAUCUGCUGCGGCUUCUCUCUCUGUCUUUGACCACCACCACCUCUCCGCGCACACAACUUGUACCCCAUCACCCUCCUCUACGUAAUCCAGCAUGAGGUCCAAGUUCAAGGAUGAGCACCCCUUUGAUAAGCGUAAGGCAGAGGCUGAGCGCAUCCGGCAGAAGUAUCCAGACAGGAUACCUGUCAUCUGCGAGAAGGCAGACAAGACGGACAUCCCUACGAUUGACAAGAAGAAGUACCUCGUCCCAUCAGAUCUUACGGUGGGCCAGUUCGUGUACGUGAUCCGGAAGCGUAUCAAGCUCGCGCCAGAGAAGGCGAUCUUCAUCUUCGUCGAUGAGGUCCUCCCCCCAACAGCAGCGUUGAUGAGUGCGAUAUACGAGGAGCACAAGGAUGAGGACGGCUUCCUAUAUGUCAGCUACUCGGGCGAGAACACUUUCGGAUCACAAUGAGUGGCCGGUGCGCAUGCCACGGUCGUUCCGCCCUGCGUCGUCGUCCGGUAUCAACGUUUCCUAUUCUCGUUUUGUCUCUCUUGCGGACGCGGACUCAAUCAGCAGAAUAGAUACCGUCGGCUUACGUACCCGGGAUAUCGCCUUCUCCUUCCCCCUUCCUGCAUCGGCCCCGCGUACGUACUUGGCGCCGCUACCGUCCGCCUUCCACAAUUUGUCGCCGCCUCGCCUCGUGUCUCUCCCGUAUAGAUAAGCAUACGAUGGAUUUGAUAUCUCCGCCAUCCCGUCUGCUUCAUUCGGAUGAGCGCCUUGUAUUUUAUUUGAGCUUGUAUCUCUCAGAUCAACCUUGAUGAACGGAAUAAUGAUGAAUGUGUAUAGGAUAAAUG